AUGCCUCUGCGAUGUGGUGCAGCUGCGAAAAGUUGGUCCAUAAGAAGCCUAUUCUCACGAAGUACCCAAGGAGAAUCGAUUACGGAGGACUACCGCUCUGAAAUCACCUUGGUUCCACAGAAGGAGUCGAGUCGGAGUGCCCCUGGAACUGCAGGACCAAGAAAUUUUAAUGCAGCCGAUAUGUGCUUUGGGUCCUGCUGUAGGAAGGGCCGAGUCGAUGUUAUUCCACCUAGGUAG